UGAAAUACAUUUACCGAGUAAUAGCUUUAUCCAUUGUUACUAUAAUGGUGUACCAUUACAUCUGGACGACACAACGUACAGACCACCACUUUUAGCGAUUACAGCCAAGUAACGGUAAGGAAAGUUCGUAAGUCAAACGAAUGUCCAAUAUAAAAACAACUUUACCGCACUGAAGUUGAGGACUUCAGAACUACAACAAGAUACUCGUUUCCAGAAGUACAAUCCUUCAUUUACAGAGGUGUCAUCGGCAAUGAUGGAAGUUGCCUCUAAGAGUGAUGCCACACCACAGGCCUCUGUUGCUGCACGAGUUCCAUAUAUUGACCUCUGCUCAGUUCUGGAGAAUAUUCAAAAGGCCAAACUCAGACCUGAUAAAGCCAAAAUCCUAAAGGAAUUUAUUGAUUCUUGGAGGAACUUCCAUGCAGUGCUUCACAAAGACAAUCCCAGCACCAAAGAUUCAUUUUAUCCAGCCAUGCGUCUCAUUGUGCCUCCAUUUGAGCGAGAGCGAAUGGCUUAUGGGAUAAAAGAGAGCAUGCUUGCCAAACUUUAUAUUGAGGUUUUAGGUCUACCUAAAAAUGGACCUGAGGCAAACAAACUUCUAAAUUACAGAGCCCCGACCACAUCUCAAGGGGAAGCAGGUGACUUUGCCCUUACAGCUUUUUUUGUCCUGAAGAAAAGGUGCACAAGUCAGGGUAAUUUAACCAUUAAAGAAGUGAAUGACUUUUUGGAUUCUGUAGCUGUCAACAAUACCAGUAAACAGAAGGAUCAGGUGAAGAAAAGCCUUUUGGAUCUGAUAACUCAGAGCUCAGCUUUGGAACAAAAGUGGCUGAUUAGAAUGAUCCUCAAGGACAUGAAGCUUGGCAUUGGCAAGGAAACAGUCCUUCAGGUUUUUCAUCCAGAUGCGGAACUCUACAGUGUCACCACAGAUCUGAAUAAAGUGUGCUUACAACUUCACGAUCCAUCAGUGUCCCUCAGUGAGGUGUCUGUUGAUCUAUUUUCUGCUUUUAAACCAAUGCUGGCUGCAGUUGCCAAUAUCAAACAAAUAGAGAAGCAAAUGGGCAACCGGCCAUUCUACAUUGAGACAAAGUUUGAUGGUGAACGCAUUCAGUUACACAAAGCUGGAGAUGUAUACAAAUACUAUUCAAGGAAUGCUUAUGAGUACACACAACAGUUUGGGGCCUCACCACUAGAGGGCACCCUCACACCAUACAUUCACAAUGUCUUCAAACCUAAUGUGGUAAAUUGCAUACUGGAUGGAGAAAUGAUGGCUUAUAACCCUAAAACUGAGACCUUUAUGCAGAAAGGCAGUAAGUUUGACAUUAAAAAGCUAAUGGAUGAUUCUGACUUGCAAACCUGUUUUUGUGUCUUUGAUAUCCUGUUAGUAAACAACCAGAAGUUUGGAAAUGAAUCUCUCAAGAAGCGCUAUGAAACUCUUCACACUGUUUUCACCCCCAUCAAAGGCCGUAUCCAGCUGGUCUCUAAAUCUGAAGGUAAAACCAUGCAAGAAGUUGUGAAUGCUCUCAAUGAAGCCAUUGACAGUCGGGAAGAGGGAAUUAUGGUUAAGGACCCCAUGUCCAUCUACAAACCAGAUAAACGUGGUGAAGGAUGGCUGAAAAUUAAGCCAGAAUAUGUGGAUGGUCUGAUGGAUGAACUCGAUCUGCUCAUAGUGGGAGGCUACUGGGGUAAAGGUAGGAGAAGUGGGAUGCUCUCUCAUUUUCUCUGUGCGGUUGCAGAGGUGCCAAAUCCUGGGGUGAAGCCCACCGUAUUCCACACUAUCUGUCGCAUUGGUUCAGGCUACACUUUGAAAGAACUAUAUGAUCUUGGCCUGAAGUUAGCCAAACAUUGGAAAGUUUACAACAAAAACAAUCCUCCAGCAGCCAUCUUGUGUGGGACAGAGAAACCGGAGGUGUACAUAGAACCACGAAACUCUGUGAUCAUACAAGUCAAAGCAGCAGAGAUUGUUUCUAGUGACAUGUAUAGGACCAACUGCACAUUACGUUUCCCCAGAAUAGAAAGAAUCAAAGAGGACAAAGAGUGGCAUCAGUGCAUGACCUUGACUGAACUGAGUCAGUUCCGCUCCAAGGCUUCAGGAAAGCUGGCAUCCAGACAUUUACUCAUCCAAGACGAGCAGCCGGAAAAGAAGCGCAAACUUGCGGCCAAGCCAAAGAAGACCAUUGGUGUCAUUGAUCACUUCAAAUCUCAAGAUUUAUCCGCUGUCACAAAAGAGAUAGAUAUGUUUGAAGAUGUAGAGUUUUGUGUGAUAAAUGGCAAUGAUAACCAUUCCAAGGCAGAGCUUGAGAAGGGUGUUGCCCGCUGUGGAGGCAUUGUUGUGCAGAACCCUGGAAAGGACACAUAUUGUGUGAUUGCUGCUGUGCAGAACAUGAGAGUAAAGAACCUCAUCUCCUCAGACCAGCAUGAUGUGGUGUGGGCUGCUUGGCUUGUAGAGUGUCUGGAAAAUAAGCAGGUUUUACCAUGGCAACCACGUCACAUGAUCCACAUGUCACCCUCCACAAGAGAGCACUUUGCCAAAGAGUAUGAUUUGUAUGGAGACAGUUAUUAUGUUGACACAGAUGAACAGCAGCUCAGGGAAGUCUUUGGAAGGAUUGGCCCCAUAGAAGAUGAGGUUCCGUCUGUGGCACAAGUAGAAGCAACAUACGCCUGGGAUGACUUGCCCACUAGCAUGUUCAGGCCUUAUAUUGCAUACUUUGACUGGUGUGCUGACUUAGGAAAUCCAAAAAGCAUUAUCCGAGGUACAUGUUUGGACACACGAGCCUUGGAAUUCCGAUUCCAUGGUGGUACAGUCGUCGAGAAAUGUAAGGAAGGAAUAUCACACGUCAUAGUCGAAGGUGAUGCAAGGACACUGGACUUAAAGACACUGAGACGACUUUAUACUAAGAAGUUCAAAAUCAUUCGGGAGUCUUGGGUGACUGAUUCCAUCAAAGCAGGCCAUGUACAGGAUGAGAUUGAGUAUCUUAUAUAACAAUAGGUUAUUACAUAAAAUGUUAAAACACUGAAAGGUUAGAACAUUUGAAUAGGAGUGCAUCAAAAUACACUCGAUAGACAUAGCUUUUGCAUUGUCAAAUAAUAUAAAUAUAUAAUGUACAGCAAUGAAAAGGUGAUUUAAACAAGAUGAAAACUUAAAUAUUUUUUGGAGAAGUUUUACUGAUGUUCUAAAUAAAUAUGAAAAAACAAAAUCAUUGAUUGUACUGGUAUAAAUAGGGAUGGGCUUUAGUAGUAG